GCUAACAGCCUUAGCUGGUCGCGCACGCCCGCCCUCGGGUCGGCCUGUCUCCGCCCCCGCCCCCGCCGAGCCCCUCCCCGAACCCCUCCCCGAGCCCCUUCCCUACUGCCUUCCCGAGUUACGGGCACUGUGAGCAGUCACUGGGGCUUUGGACUGCGACCGGGAGGACGUCCCAGGCCGGCAGCACCCUGCGCGCUCGGCCCCGGCGCGUCCAGCCUGAGCACCAGCAGGUGGCCUGAGGCACCUGCCAGUGACCAGGAGGAGGGAGCCCUCUGAAGUUGUCCGCCCUCCCCGGUGCCCUCCGACUCCCAGAGCCUCCCGACUGCGAAUGAAAAUGUGGCUCUUGGGUUUGGUGUUCUGUGUGGCCCUUGGGACCCUGCAUUCCGAGACAUCUAGAGGGAAGCAGGCAAUUGUGGAUCCUGAAACGAAUAUGAAUGUGAGUGAAAUUAUCUCUUACUGGGGAUUUCCUAGUGAGGAACACCUAGUUGAGACAGAAGAUGGGUAUAUUCUUUGCCUCCACCGAAUCCCUCACGGGAGGAAGAACCAUUCUGACGAAGGUCCCAAACCAGUGGUGUUCCUGCAGCACGGCUUGCUGGCCGACUCAAGUAACUGGGUCACCAACCUGCCCAACAGCAGCCUGGGCUUCCUUCUGGCAGAUGCUGGUUUCGACGUGUGGAUGGGGAACAGCAGGGGAAACACCUGGUCCCGGAAACACAAGACCCUUUCCGUUUUUCAGGACGAAUUCUGGGCCUUCAGUUAUGAUGAGAUGGCAAAUUAUGACUUACCAGCUUCAAUUAACUUCAUUCUGAAUAAAACUGGCCAAGAACAAGUGUAUUAUGUGGGUCAUUCUCAAGGCACUACGAUAGGUUUUAUAGCAUUUUCACGGAUCCCGGAGCUGGCCAAAAAGAUUAAGAUGUUUUUUGCCCUGGGUCCUGUGGCUUCAGUCGAGUUCGCUAGUAGCCCUCUAGCUAAAUUAGGACUGUUUCCGGAUCUUCUCAUUAAGGAUUUAUUUGGGGAGAGAGAAUUUCUCCCCCAGAAUGAAUUUUUGAAGUGGUUGAGUCUGCAUGUCUGCAAUCAUGUCAUUCUGGAGGAGCUUUGUGGAAAUUUCUUUUUCCUUCUGUGUGGAUUUAAUGAGAGAAAUUUAAAUAUGUCUAGAAUGUCUGUGUAUGUGACACACUCUCCCGCUGGGACUUCCGUGCAAAACAUGAUACACUGGAGCCAGACUUUUAAGUUGCAAAAGUUCCAAGCCUUUGACUGGGGGAGCAGAGCCAGGAAUUAUGUUCAUUACAACCAGACUUACCCUCCUGCUUACCAUGUGAAGGACAUGCUCGUGCCGACUGCCAUUUGGAGCGGCGGUCAGGACUGGCUUGCGGACGUCAAGGACGUCAGUGUCUUACUGACCGAGAUCACCAACUUGGUGUACGAUGAGUGCAUUCCGGAAUGGGAGCACCUCGACUUCAUCUGGGGCUUGGAUGCCCCUGGGCGGCUCUAUGAGAAAAUGAUAAAUCUAAUGAGAAAGUAUCAGUGAAAGCCAGACAGAGAAAUUUACCGUGAAUACCACGAUCAAAUCAUGUUAAAAAUUUGCUGGCUUAAUUUUUCUAAAGUACUUAUUUUUCUUUCCCAGGCUUUUUAUCUUUUCAUAUCUAAGAAAAUUAUGAUGUUGAAGAUGCCCAAUGUUCUCCAGUUAGGGUAGAAACACACUUGCUUUUUUAAAAAAAAUUGUUUAAUCAUGGCCAAAUAUGCAGCUCAUGUCUUAACAAUAAUAUAGUUUCUCUAAGUGUUCUAAAAAUAUCACUGACUUGUGAGAGGUCAUAGCCAUUCUGCUUAUCCAUACCAUUUAAAAUAUACUAUAUUGCUUUUUUUUUUUUACUCCACACAGGACACAUUGACCUCUGUGUUGGACUUUUUAAACUGUGUUGUUCGUUGGUAAAUAGCCUGACACUGCCUCGCGGAAAGCUCAGGGUGUAAGUAUCCUGUUCUCAUCUCUUGGCCUUAAAAGGCUCUCCAGAGGAAUGGCCCUGAGUUUAGGGAUCUAGUGACACUUUCUCAUGUAGUCACUCCGUGGGUGCUGCGUCAAAGCCAGUGACACCCCAGCCGUGUCAGUAAUACAACUCCGAUAAUGCAUUUUGUCAAAUCUACCUGUGAUAGCCGUUACUUAGCAAGUGUUUACAUUGCUCAGAGGACGCAAAAUAAUUUCAAAAACAAAUUCUGCUCAUUAAAGCACAACAGCUGUAUUUCAAAUACUUGAAGACGGAUGCAUGCAACCUUCGAUAUCCUUGAACUCUCCAUUGUGAGGCAGGUCAUAAACCCACUUGUUUGAGAAGAAAAGUCCUGUGGAGAGACGAUGCCCCUAGGUUUCCUCAAACGAAGGGACUCCCUCAGCCAGUGGCUGUAGCUCAGCAGUGACGCGUGUGAAACAAAAGCCCCGAGGCCCCCCCUGAGAAGUGUCCUCCUGCAUUUGACGCGAGAGGAACGUGACCAUGAAUGCUUUCAGAUCUCAGCGCAGGGAAUCGCUUUGUUUUUUAGUUUUGUGUGUGUCCAUGUUUUCACUACUCCUGAUCUGCAUCCCUGGGUCAGGAAGCCCAAGUUCAGCUGCUUUUCUCACCGCCUUGUUUCCUACAGUUCUGUCCGGUGGGCAGAAUAACAUUGAUACCUGUUUCUGAUAUAGUUACUUCAGCUGCAAUAAUCAACAAUACUUGGUAUUGGCUAAUAUGUGGAGACAGCAUCAUACUUCCUUGUAACAUAUAACAAGUCUUAUUUAAACUUUUCAAUAAAACUCAGUGAGUCUCAGAGGCUUGACGGA